CCCUUUGUGCCAACCGUUCCAAAGGGCAUCCUUCCAUCCCUAGGAGACGCUCUCUCUUUCUCUCUUCCUCAUCUCCUUAUCUCUCCGGACGGUCAGGAAGCUUCAUCUGCAAACUUUCCCUAUCACGCUGGACCCAUAGAGACUUGAUCUAGUCCCUUGACCACCCGUCCACAACCUCUCCAAGAUGUCUUCCACUGCUCUCCCCAAGCGCGUGGCGCUGCACCGUAACCCGACCACCGACUCCUCCGUGCCGAGCUCGGUCUCCGUCUCUCCUAUGGCGAGCCCUCGUCAGUCUCCCUCGUCGACCUCGCUGUCCUCCAUGGCCUCCGACGCGGAACCCUCCAAGAUGCUGGACACCUAUGGCAACGAGUUCAAGAUCCCCGACUUCACCAUCAAGCAGAUCCGUGACGCCAUCCCCGCUCACUGCUUCGAACGCUCCGCCGCCACCAGUCUGUACUAUGUCUUCCGCGACGUGGCCAUGCUGGGCUCCAUCUUCUAUGCCUUCCACAAUUAUGUCACUCCCGAGACCAUCCCCUCCAUGCCGCUCCGCGUGGCGCUGUGGACUCUGUACACCGUCGUGCAGGGAAUGAUCGCCACCGGCGUGUGGGUGCUGGCUCACGAGUGUGGUCACCAGGCCUUCUCCCCCUCCAAGGUGCUGAACGACACCGUUGGCUGGAUCUGCCACUCCGCUCUGCUGGUCCCCUACUUCUCCUGGAAGAUCUCCCACGGCAAGCACCACAAGGCCACCGGUAACCUGGCCCGUGACAUGGUGUUCGUCCCCAAGACCCGCGAUGAAUAUGCCUCCCGCGUCGGCAAGGCCCUGCACGAGUUGAACGAAUUGAUGGAGGAGACUCCCCUGGCCACCGCCUCCACCCUCCUGCUGCAGCAGCUGUUCGGAUGGCCCAUGUACCUGCUCACCAACGUCACCGGUCACAACAACCACGAGCGUCAGCCCGAGGGCCGGGGCAAGGGCAAGAAGAACGGAUACUUUGGCGGUGUCAACCACUUCAACCCCUCCAGCCCCCUGUACGAGGCCAAGGAUGCCAAGUUGAUCGCCCUGAGUGACCUGGGUCUCGCCAUCGUCGGCAGCGUUCUCUACUACAUCGGUUCGACCCACGGCUGGCUCAACCUGCUGGUGUGGUACGGAAUCCCCUACCUCUGGGUCAACCACUGGCUCGUUGCCAUCACCUACCUUCAGCACACCGACCCCAGUCUCCCCCACUACCGCCCCGAGGUGUGGAACUUCGCCCGUGGUGCCGCUGCCACCAUUGACCGCGACUUUGGCUUCGUCGGUCGCCACAUCUUCCACGGAAUCAUCGAGACCCACGUCCUCCACCACUAUGUCAGCAACAUCCCCUUCUACAACGCCGACGAGGCCAGCGAGGCCAUCAAGAAGGUCAUGGGCCAGCACUACCGCACCGAAGCCCACACCGGCUGGACUGGAUUCUUCAAGGCUAUGUGGACCAGCUCUCGCGUCUGCCAAUGGGUCGAGCCCACCGAGGGUGCCCAGGGUGAAGCCGAGGGCGUGCUGUUCUACCGCAACAUCAACGGUGUUGGUGUGCCUCCCGCCAAGGUUGCUGCCAAAUAGACGAGCUCCCUUUGUCUGGAUUCAUAAAAACAGUGAAAGAAAAAAUAAAGGAAAAAGAGAAUCUUCACCACCCCACUUCGCGGUGCUGUCGCAGGAUCGAAACAGGGCCACGGAAUACGACCCUCGAUUUGCCAUCUCAUAGAGCAACGUCAAAUCCGAUAAAAAGACCAGUCGUCACGGGUUGGUUCGAAGUUCGAAGGCGUAUAGGGGCGGACAGGAUUGUCGAUGUAUCACACAUGUUAUAAUUGCCGUUAAUGUGGGGAGUUUUUGUUUGGAGGCAUGACUUUUGAAUCAUACUUCAUAGCAUAUAUCUGUCAUGUGUUGUUCUGUUUUAGCAGCGAGAAUUAGAAUUGAUUCCAUCUCAAACAUUCGUCUCUUCAAAUCGUACGAGUGACG